AUGUCCUGGAAUCUGCUCGAGCGUUUCAUCGAGUCCGAACACUUCAACAGAGACCCGUCGCUCACUGUCGCAUACCUUGCUCGGUAUUCCGAGCACGUCGGUAUCCACUAUGUGCUCUGCUCCAAGCUGCGAGGCUUCAGCUACGAGGAGAUUGAGUUCUUCCUCCCGCAAAUAUGCCACUUGGUCAUCUCCAUCGAUAAUGAAUCGAUGGCGCUGGAGGAGUUUCUCAUAGACCUCUGCGAAGAGUCCGUCAACGGGGCACUGCUUACAUUCUGGCUUCUCCAAACGUACCUUCACGAUCUCUCGAGUCAACCCACAUCGAACGCCUUCCAGACCUGUCGCCGACUGUACAAUAAAGUGCAAAGGAUUGUAUUUGGAAGCGGAGAACCCUUGAGAAGAGAAAGGAUACAAGAGAAUGUCCUUCCUGUGACGGUAUUGUCGAGUCUGGUGCUGGCUGGAAUUGGGUUUCCCCUCCUCCCACAACAUGCCGGACCUUUGGCAAUUGCUCAAGCAAGGAGACCGCGCCCUAUUGAGGAUACCAUAUCAGAUGCAGUUCCAAGUGCACAGAAGAUUGGGAGGAGCGCAACAGUCACUGGAACCACGACAGCGUCAAAAAAGGGCCGUCCAGAGUCUGCAGACCCAAGGGACCCAGUCCGGCGGAAAACAAGAAGACCAGUGGAAGUAAGGACGAAUGGUGUCCACGCGACUGCAUCUCAGCCUAGUACACCAGGUCUAUCAGAACCUCCAACACAAAGUCGCAAGCCGUCAUGGCACUCCCAACGAGCUUCGUUGGGUGUCUCGAAGAGUACGGAGGGCUUCACAAGUACCUCUUCUCUCCCAGAUCAGCAUUCGAGGAAGUCGAGCAAUCCACCCAUGAGUUUGCCUGCAGCUCCAGGCGUUCCUCGACGAAUAGCAGGCGACAUCCCUCGACGACACUCGCAAGUAAUGCGCCCUUCAACGCCAGCGACCAUGUCGAGGAACGCAAAGAUUCGAGCCUUACGACAGAACUAUUUCCGAAGCGAAACACUGUUCCUGACUGCACUCGAAGGGAUUUCCAACCGUCUUGUCUCAGUGCCUAAACCAGCACGACUGAGUGCAUUGCGAGCUGAGCUGGGAUUGAUCGCUCAGGACCUCCCCGCAGAAGUGGACAUUCCAUUGAUCUGCCCGGCGACUUUGGUAGAUGGUACCGCAAGUAAAAGUCGACAUCACCGAAUCGUAAGGCUGAAUCCUGCCGAAGCAACCAGCUUGAACAGUGCAGAAAAGGUGCCAUAUCUUCUCAUGUUAGAAGUUCUGCGGGAAGACUUUGACUUCGACCCCGAGAGCCAGCAGAAUCAGGAGCUACUGGCCAAGAUUUUGUCAGAGAAAGGCAAGCAAAAGCGGAGACUCUUUGAUACCACAGAUGCGGCCAGAGAAGCUGCGAUCACAUCGCCUCAAGAACCGGUACCGAAUGACAGCGUUUUGGAACCCACGACGGGAGAUUUGUCUAGCGCUUCACUACUACAGGAUCUUGAAGAGAACUCGAAGAAGCAGGACAGUCCACGAUCUCGGCCUCAGCAAGGAGGCUCACGAGAGCCUCCUCGACUUUCCAGCGGAGUCAGCACCAUAUCUACUGGCACCAGCCUCACGACACCGCGCAAUUCUGAUGGACAAGGAAGGGCCAGCAGCGGAACAUCACCCUACCUCAGACCCCAGAAUCCCACGCAAGCAGACGUCUCAGCACUUGCAGACCAUAUGCGAACAGCGUCACAAAUGCUUGCGCAGUUGGAGCUUAGCGCAGCGAAACGACCCAAAGCGGAAGUUGCGGCCAUUCGAGGCAAGAUCAUCGCGAGCAUGCAGUCUCUAGAAGAGCAGAGCUUUUUGUCGGAAGAUGUUGCGCAAGGUCCAAGCUUCGAAACCAUCAUGGCCAAAGCCGGUGCUUCUGCAUCGGAGACAGAAGACUUUGUGGAAAGCAUGGACGGUGCGACGGACCCAAAGCUCAACACUGGCAAAGGUGCAGAUCGAAUGGAGAACGAUGCCAUGACUGGUGGUAUUCAGCGAAAGGGGGACCGAGACGAUCCUUCUGCUGCCACAUUUGGUGAAGCUUGGGAAGAGAAGAAGGAGCGUAUCCGGAGAUCCUCGCCUUACGGUUGGAUUAAGCACUGGGAUCUGGUGUCGGUCAUUGUCAAGACGGGUGCCGAUCUCAGGCAAGAAGCCUUCGCAUGCCAACUGAUUGAGGUCUGCUCCAAGAUCUUUGCCGAGCACAAUGUCGAUGUGUGGGUCAAAAACAUGCGGAUUCUGGUGACUGGCGAAACGUCCGGCCUGAUCGAGACCAUUACCAAUGCCGUUUCGCUGCACUCGUUGAAGCGAUCUCUGACACUCGCCUCAAUUGCGGCAGGUACUAACCCCAAGAAGCGCAUAGCCACCCUGCAGGACCACUACACCAAAACCUUCGGUGCCACGGACUCUGCUGCCUACGCCAAAGCCAUCGACUGCUUCGUACGCAGCUUGGCAGCAUAUAGCAUCAUCAGCUAUGUUCUCCAGCUCAAGGACCGACACAACGGCAACAUUCUCAUCGACUCUUACGGUCAUGUCGUUCACAUUGACUUUGGAUUCAUGCUGUCCAACUCACCAGGCAACAUGGGAUUCGAAGCUGCACCAUUCAAGCUCACGUUCGAAUACGUGGAACUGCUCGGAGGCGUCGAAGGCGAAGCGUUUUUGAAGUUCAAAGAAUACAUGAAGGACGCGUUCCAAGCACUACGACGAGAGGCCGAACGCAUAGUCACGCUGGUAGAACUCAUGGGCAGGGAGAGUAAAAUGCCGUGCUACGGUGGCGGACUGGCGAACGUCAUCUCAGCUCUGAGGGCACGCUUCGUCCUGGAAAAGAGCAAAGAAGAGGCUCGCGACUGGGUGGAAGAUCUGGUUGCGAAGAGUGUCGGCAGCUACUACACUCGACUGUACGAUACGUUCCAGUAUCGCACGCAAGGGAUCUACUAA